GCUAGCCUCAAUCUGUGUCGGACUAGAGAGAGAAAGGCCCACGUACGCUCAUUUCUCGCCCGUGACGUGAUUUUUAACGGGCGUUCAAACCUUAACUCGACCAACAAUUGGAUUAUUUCUCCUUUUUUUUCAUCGCCGUGGUUGAUUACCGCCGUUUGCCGCUGCUGCGUGUGAGCCUGUGAGGCGGCGUCAUGGCAGGUGUACGUUGAAGGCGGGAGAAGAUGCACAAUCAAGCCUUUGCUCUUUUCUCAACCUCCACCGCCUUCUAAAGGGACAAGGCGACUCGAAGCUGAACCACCAUGGAGGGCAGGAUAGUCCCAGACCCUUCUAGUCGGAAUUAACCCCCACGCUGAGUGACUAGGACGGUGGAAUAAAGAGGAGGAGAGGGAAGAAUACAAAAUGGUGUUCCGGAGUGAGGAGAUGUGUUUGGCCCAGUUGUUCCUGCAGUCCGGCUCGGAGUACGACUGCAUCAGCCAACUGGGAGAACUGGGCUUGGUCGAGUUCCGAGACCUCAAUCCAAGCGUCAGCUCCUUCCAGCGCCGCUUUGUCAGCGAGAUCAAGAGAUGCGAGGAGAUGGAGAGGAUGCUGGGUUACCUCCUGAGGGAGAUCCAGAAGGCUCACAUCGCCGUACCCGAGGAGGACGAGAGUCCACUGGCUCCUCCGCCCAGACAAGUGCUGGAGAUCAUGGAGCAGCUCCAGAGGCUGGAGAUGGAGCUGAGCGAGGUGGCCAGGAACAAAGACAAGCUGCAGAGGAACCUGCUGGAGCUCAUCGAGUACACGCACAUGCUGAAGAUCACGCGCACCUUCAUACACAGCCGCUCCAGGCAUGAGGCUCUGGGUCCCCAGUAUGAGGAGUUCCCCACCAUGGAGACAGACUCGGUGUCAGGCUGCACUGGCAUGCAGAGACUUGGAGCCAAGCUUGGGUUCAUCUCCGGACUCAUCCGGCGGGUGAAAGUGGAGGCGUUUGAGCGCAUGUUGUGGCGGGUGUGCAAGGGCUACACCAUCCUCAGCUACGCCCAGGUGGACGAGAACCUCGCCGACCUCGACACGGGCGAGAUCAGCAAGAACGUGGUCUUCCUCAUCUCGUUCUGGGGAGACCAGAUCGGGCAGAAAGUCCAGAAAAUCUGCGAUUGCUACCACUGCCACCUCUACCCGCACCCGGAGAACGACGAGGAGCGGGCGGACAUGUUGGACAGCUUGAGGACGCGCAUCCAAGACCUCAACAACGUUCUCCAUCGCACCGACGACUACCUGAAGCAGGUCCUGCAGAAGGCGUCGGAGUCGGCGUACGGCUGGGUGGUGCAGGUGAAAAAGAUGAAGGCCAUCUAUCACAUCCUCAACCUCUGCAGCUUCGACGUCACCAACAAGUGUUUGAUCGCCGAGGUGUGGUGUCCCGUCAGUGACCUGGCCAACCUGCGGGCGGCGCUGGAGGAAGGCUCGAGAAAAGGCGACGCCACCGUUCCUUCGUUUGUGAACCGCAUCCCCAGUGCCGACACGCCUCCCACGCUGGUGCGGACCAACAAGUUCACCUCGGGUUUCCAGAGCAUCGUGGAGGCGUACGGGGUGGGGGAUUAUCGAGAGGUGAGCCCAGCACCCUACACCAUCAUCACCUUCCCCUUCCUGUUCGCCGUCAUGUUCGGGGACCUGGGCCACGGCGUGGUCAUGAGCUUCCUGGCGCUCUGGAUGGUGCUGACGGAAAAGAAGCAGAAGAGGAGACGCUCAGAUAACGAGAUAUGGGCGACCUUCUUCAGCGGGCGUUACAUCAUCCUCACGAUGGGGCUCUUCUCCAUCUACACGGGCCUCAUUUACAACGACUGCUUCUCCAAGUCGCUCAACAUUUUCGGCUCGGGCUGGAGCGUCAAGGCCAUGUUCACCAGUCAGCAGUGGACGAACAAAACGCUUCAAACAAAUGCGUUGCUAACGUUAGACCCCAACGUCAGCGGCGUGUUCGUGGGCCCGUACCCGUUUGGCAUCGAUCCUAUUUGGAGCAUGGCGGUCAACCGGCUGUCCUUCCUCAACUCGUACAAGAUGAAGAUGUCGGUGGUCGUCGGCGUCAUUCACAUGACCUUCGGCGUGGUUCUGAGCGUCUUCAAUCACUUGCACUUCCGACAGAAAUACGAUGUUUAUCUGCUCUUUCUGCCCGAGCUGCUCUUCCUGCUCUGUCUCUUCGGCUACCUGGUCUUCAUGAUCCUCUACAAGUGGCUGGCCUUCAGCGCGCGCGACUCCAGCAGCGUUCCAAGCAUCCUCAUCCACUUCAUUAACAUGUUCGUCAUGCAGGGCAAGGACAUCACUCCCCUGUACCCGGGACAGACGGGUCUACAAAUGUUCCUACUGGUGAUCGCGCUGCUGUCCGCUCCCGUCCUGCUCUUAGGCAAGCCUCUUUUCUUGUACUGGAUUCACCGUGGAGGCAAAGGCCUGCGCAGGCGCAGAGGCUACGAGAGAGUGAGGCGCGCCAGCGAGGAUGACAGUUCAGCGGCGCCGUCCUACGAGGACGACGAGGAAGAGGGACUUGAUGAGACGACGCGCAGAGAAGCUCAGACGUUUGACUUUGCGGACGUGCUCCUGCACCAGGCCAUCCACACCAUCGAGUACUGCCUGGGCUGCAUAUCCAACACGGCGUCGUACCUGCGACUCUGGGCUCUCAGCUUGGCGCACGCGCAGCUGUCUGAGGUGCUGUGGGACAUGGUGAUGCGCCUCGGCUUCAAGAUCACCACGCGAGUCGGGGUGGUGUUUUUAGUGCCCGUGUUUGGCGUCUUUGCGCUACUCACCGUGUCCAUCCUGCUGGUCAUGGAAGGUUUGUCGGCGUUCCUCCACGCUCUCCGCCUCCACUGGGUGGAGUUUCAGAACAAAUUCUACCACGGCACAGGCGUCAAGUUUGUGCCCUUCGACUUCUCCCUUUUGCCCUCGGUUUUCGAGCAAGACGGCCUCCUCUGAAGCGUCGAAUGCGGACAGACGCCGGGCCUUUUGACUUGGAAGGAUGCUGCAUACUGGGGACAAUUCUCACUGUGAAGCCUCAAGACGAUGAGAGGUCGCUCUCGUAGCAAAGUGUUUUUUGACCGUUAUGAAAAUAGAACAAAAAAAUCCUUUCUGCUGUGCUGACUGCCUUACUUCUCCAUCCAGCAAACCCCUGGGUGCACAUCGGUGGAUUUAAAACUGCAGUUGAAGGCACACGGGUGGGUUACAAACUUGCAUUGUGCUGUGUAAACAACUUCUUAGCAGCACAAUGCAAGUUAGCAAAGCAUUCUGUCAUGGUGCCAUACAUAUUUAUUUCAUAAAUUGUCUGACAAAUAGCAAAGAAGCACUUUUCAGAAAUGAUUGUAUUGUAAGGGUCACCUUAUUUAUGAUUGUGAUGAUGCCAAAAUUAAAAAAAUGUUUUGCUAUUUGCUUAUUAUUAAUGAUUCAUUAUUUAAAUGUAACCCUGUUCCUCUACUCUGCAGCCAGAUGUGCUUAUUGUAUGUAUUAUUCAUUGUGCUAUUUAUUUCAAAGAAAAAAAAACUCUGUAGUAGAGUCCAAUAUUUUACCAUUUUGAUGUGUUGAAUAAAGC